AGAGAGGGAAGGAAAAGAAGCCGUGAACGAGUGAAGCACACAGAACGGAGGGGAGGAGAGGGAUGGACCAUGUACACACACGCAUGAACGAAGGAGAAGCACUGACAGGGUAGUGAGAGAGAGAGAGAGAGAGAGAGAGAGAGAACAUAAGACUGCAGCACUGAGAGACAGCUGAUGGAGAGACGAACAACAGAGUGAAACAAGGGGAAGAGAGAGAGAGAGAGAGAGAGGGGUCAGAUGGAGGAAAAGAGAAGGAUUGCAAAUAAAAAAGCGUAUUAAAAAGGAGUAGAAAGGAGGAGAAGAAAAGACUGCACCUCCAUCCCGCCGGAGUGACGCAUCACUCCAUCAUCUCUCCAUCUUUACCCUCCUCCACCGUAGGAAGGAUGAUCUCUCCGUCUCCAGGCCAAUCCCUCCAUCAUCAGCUGGACGCCUGGACUGGAUAAGGCUAAGAAAAGAAACACCCAAAAGUAACAACCUUGGACAUAGACAAGAUCUGGCCGGACUCCUGGGACAUUCCGCAACUGGUCAAGACUGGACCUACUCCCUCAUACAUGUAAACCUCUUCAGGAAUUCUAAGCUCUCUAAGACUAGGACGGAAACCUCCAGGUAUUUCCAUUGCCUCAAGAACCACUUACUUAAAAAACUAAACUCCUGAAGUGGAAGAAACAUAAUCCCGGACUUAAUCCCAGGAUUGUCCAUUGACUGUGCACCUGACUUUGGAACAUUACUACACAAAUCCACUAUUUCAGAUAUUAUACACCUUCUCAAAGGGACUUUCUGUAGGUGCUUAUAAGGUGUACAAAUAUAUGUAUAUUUACAGAUAGUGCCAACUUAAAUAGUACAGUUGUAAUUAUAUAUUAUGUACUGUGUUCUGUCAAUCCUUUGUAAUACUGCAUUAAACUUUUUUUUUUGUUAGUAUCAACUGAAGUGUUAAUAAACAGGGUAUAAUCCACCAAGUCACUGGACUUUACAAAGAACUGGACGUUGAGGUACACUUGCGUUAACCUCUUGAACACUGCUAAAGUCUCAAAGCUGUAAUCUGUCCUUUUGCCAUCUACAUUAGACCAAGAAGAGUGGCCAGUGCAAGAACAAUGGACAAAAGCAUGCGUCCUCACGUUCCCUGCAAUGAAUGUCCUUCUUGGAUUAUACCGAAGAUUAUACCAUUCACAGGCUUGUGUUGAACACCAAACACAAACACGCAGCUGCAGAGAUCAUCCAACUCUUUCCUGAGCGAAUGUCCUGUCUGAGGCGCCAGCCUGUGACCAUCCCAAUGGAUACCGUCAAAAUCAUCCAGUCGGAGAAAUUUCCACGAGAGUGUCCUGUUCCUGUGACACAGCCACGCUUUGCACCUCCUCCUCGUGUGGCUUGGGAUGGAGGAGGCGAAGGUGAAGUCAUCGUCAACCAGGCCUGCAGUGACCUGUCCGUCGAGGUGAACGGUAACACCUUGAUCAACCCCCGUCCUUUGGCAUCGCCUCCAGCACCAGUCCUACGUCGUGAAGCUAGCUAUUUAGCCCAACGCAAAGCUAGCAACACCGAGAUAUGCUAUCACCAAUUUCACUACAAGAUGGAUGAUGUAAUCGUGAACCAGUAUGUCCUGCGCUCUUCGUCCACCUCAUCCUCCUCCUCAUCUUCAACAUCUUCAGGCCCAGUCAUGCCGUGUGAGCCACUGGAUUGCCCGACUUGUGGGCACAUGUACAAUUUUGCAGGGAAGCGUCCGAGAAUCCUGUCUUGUCUCCAUUCGGUGUGUGAAGAGUGCCUGCAGAUCCUGUACGAGUCCUGCCCUAAGUAUAAGUUCAUCUCAUGCCCCACGUGCCGCCGCGAGACCGUUCUCUUUACCGACUACGGUUUAGCCGCGCUCGCCAUCAACACCAGCAUCCUGAGCCGCUUGCCAUCUGAGCCUGGAGGGACCGUACAGUGGGGUGGAGACGCCGACCGCAGCUGCUACCAAACGGUGCGCCAGUACUGCCAAUCGGCCUGCACGUGCCACAUCGCUAACCCGCUCUCCACCUGCGGCAUCAUGUAGACAUAGAUCUAAAACAGUCCACCAGGUGGCACUGUUCGAGCCAAAUCCACAAAACCAUGAAACGACAAAACAACAAAACCAGUGACCGCACUAGUUAAAAAAAAAAAACAAAAAAAAUCCGUUUUACCCUGCCAAUGCAAAUAUUAUCUAUAGAUCUAUUUAGCGCAGACGGAUGCUGUCUGGACUUUAAAGAAGUGAAAGAGACACUUGUGCAAGGAGCCAAGAGAAAUGUUAUAUCAGAGUAAAUGUAUUUUAUGUACAAACUGAAUGAUCCCUUUUCCCUAAAAGUCCCUGUUUAUCUUGUUUGGAUGUGUUUGUCAUUGACAUCUCUUCACAUGGGAAUGCCAAGGAGACUCUGUCUCCCAAUCUCUCCUGGGACAAAUAAAGCAAAUAAAUCAA